AUGAGACUUGCUAGCUUAGUUCCAUUUAUUCCUGCCGAUCUCGUUGCCUCCCUCGAAGCCCAUGGUAUUCGCACGGAAUUCGAUUUGCUUUUCUCAGCCUCUACGUUCGACAUCUAUAAGCGUUUGCCAGCGAACACCGUCACAUUCCAAGAGCUGAUUGACUAUACUUCCCUCGUUGCGGAACACUGUGCUGCCCCUGGGAUAUCAGGUCAAGAGAUCUUUCGACUCGAGAAACUUGCUUCCUCGGAAUAUAGCGAACUCCAAAGUGGGUGUGCGAGUCUUGACGCUCUUCUCCAUGGUUUAGGUGGUAGGAAAGUGCUUGAAAUCUCGGGCGAUAAAGGGACUGGUAAAUCUGUGCGCUCUCAGGAGACCCUCGCUUUAAGUCUGCUUUUACACCAUGUGAAAUGCUCUCCUGCCAAUAAGGCCGUCUGGAUCGAUACUACUGGGGAAUUCUCACUAGAAAAGGCUACUCAAUUAAUAAAUGCUUUUCAGAUGCCUCCAACAACCCUUGAACGAGUGGAAGUUUCUUUGGCAUUUGACAUUGAUGGUGCUCGAGCUUUAUUUGAAGAAAUCAACCUAAGGGCAGAGAUCAAAUUCCUCGUAAUUGACACUAUAACACCUCUUCUUGGACCUCUUCUUAGUGCAGCCUCGGCUCAAGGUCAUGCUAUUAUGACUGAGUUCAUGCAGCAACUUCAGUCGUUUUCCCAGUCGUUUGGUGCCUCGGUUCUUGUGGGUGCCCAUAAAUGA